AGUGGUCUGGGAAUAACAAGAAGAGGGCGGUGCCAACCUCUUCAUAUUCCCAGAUGUCAAUGAACCCUCCACAACAAGUUGAACCCUGAAGUGCGUGGGAUGGAAUAAUUUAAGGAUAACCACUGCGGAGCUCACAGUUAAUACGCCUUAAACACACUGACAGACAGUAAGCUUCCAGCCUGUAGCGCCUCUUAAAAUUCGUGUAAGUAUUUUUUAAAUCGGAAAUGAACAUGUUGGAUUAUUAAGACUGACUUUUCAAGCUGUUGAAGGCUCCUGCUUUAGCUGACUUCAUGCAGAAGUGCAACAUCGCCUUCAGGAUGACACUGUGGACGUUGCUUGUCAUUCUCCCGGUGUGCGCAUCCUCUCCUCUCUCAGCCGAGUCGCCGAAACCCAAAGGUCCAGCUGCCCGCUGCUCCGGCCGAGCCUGCAACCCCCGAAUGGGCAACUUGGCCCAGGGCAGAGUGCUGAGCGCCGGCUCGGUCUGCGGCUCCAACUCCUCGGAGCUCUUCUGCUUCUACAGACAGACUGCCGCCCCCCGCAUCAGGGAGACCUGCUCGGCUGCGAAGUGCAGCAAGUGCAACGCGGCCGUCCCCAGCCAGGCGCACCCUCCCUCUGCGAUGAGCGACUCCUCUUUCCGCUACCCUGACACCUGGUGGCAGUCCGCGGAGGGGGUGGGGGACGAGACGCUCCAGCUCGACCUGGAGACGGAGUUCCUCCUCACACACCUCAUCCUGGUGUUCCGCUCCCCCCGCCCCGCCGCCAUGGUGCUGGAGCGCUCCCAGGACCACGGGCACACCUGGAAGGCCCUCAGGUAUUUCGCCAGGGACUGUGAGGAGGUGUUUGGCCUGACUGAGGGGUCGCCGGCGGGGGAGAGCAGAGCAACAUGCACCUCCAAGUACUCUGGAGCUUUUCCUUGUGCCAGAGGAGAGGUGAUCUAUCGAGCACUGUCGCCCUGGCACUCAGUGGAUCCCUACGGACCGGCCGCCCAGGACCAGCUCAUGAUCACCAACCUGAGAGUCCGUCUGCUGCGGCGCCAGCCGUGUCCCUGCCAGGCCAAACAUCCUGGUGCCGCCGUCCUCCCCACGGACCAUUACGCCAUCUAUGAUUUUAUUGUGAAAGGCAGCUGCCUUUGCAAUGGACACGCUGACCACUGUGUGCCAGCCAGUGGCUACAAACCUAGUCAACAGAGGACCAAUAACAUGGUCCAUGGGAAGUGUGUGUGCCGACACAACACAGCCGGCGACCACUGUGAGCGCUGCGCUCCUCUCUACAACGACCAACCUUGGCAGGCGGCCAAUGGCAUCACAGGGACGCCGCAUGAGUGCCAGAAGUGCAAGUGUAACGGCCAUGCCAAGAGCUGUCACUUCAGUCGCGGGUUGUGGCUCGCAACGGGACGGCGGAGUGGCGGCGUGUGUGACGACUGCAGCCACGACACAGAGGGCCGCCACUGCCAGAACUGUAAGAAGGGAUUCUUCAGGGACCCCGGCCGACCAAAAACUGCCCCUGACUCCUGCAAACCCUGUUCCUGCCACCCUGUCGGCUCCGUCCUCUCAGGUGGUCGCCCUCUCUGCAACCCCAGCAGCGGGGAGUGCACUUGUAAGCCCGGCGUCGGAGGCCCCCGCUGCGACGGCUGCAUGCUGGGAUACUGGGGGCUUCAUGAAUACGGCUGUCGCCCAUGUGACUGUACAGGGGACUGUGACCCCUACACUGGUGACUGCCUUUCUGGCUCAGAUGUGGAGGUCUUCUAUACAGCCACUGGCCACAUGGGACACAGCAGCAAUAAUAGUGAGGCGGCACUCUUUAGGGUAGAGGAGCUUUUCUCUGCACUGCACCACUCUGAGAAAUGUGAGUGUGUAGAAGUGACCCUGGGCAACCCGAAACUCUUCUGUGCCGCAGAGUAUGACUACGUUCUGGUGGUGAGGGUUAUGUCAGCUGACGAUAGAGGCUCCCAUGCAGAGGUGGAGGUCAAGGUCAAGAAGGUUUUGCACCAGAACCCUCGGAUGAAGCUCCAGAGGGGAAGCGUCACUCUUUAUCCAGAGUCCUGGACCAUCCAAGGCUGUACCUGUCCCAUCCUCAACCCAGGAUUUGAAUAUGUGGUAGCUGGUCAUGAGGACUGGAAGACCGGCCGACUGAUGAUCAACACCAAGAGCCUGGUUAAACCAUGGAAGCCGAGCCUGGGACGCAAAUUCCUCCACAUCCUCAGGAAAGACUGUGGCCACUGGUGGUAGGACAUCACCAAGAACUGCAGAGAGGACAGAGGGAUGAAGAGGUGGAGGGUCAUCGAGGAGACAUUGUGUGGAGUAGGCAAGAAUGAACAGAGGGUCUAUUUGAAUGAGGCACUUUACUUGGACGCCUAAUUGAAAGCGGAACCCCGUUUCUCUUCAGGGAUUUCUUCUGUUUCCAAAGGCCUCAUCUCCGAGAAACAGCUGCAACGCCACAAUGCUGUGGUGGAAAUCAGCACACACUGUACUGUAAUCAGAUACCUCACCAGAAACUACAGUCACUUCAGAAUCAAAGAGAAGCCAUGAAGACUUUCAUCUGGACAAAGAAAAGCAGAUUUCAUUCCUGUGGUGCAACUCGCGAUCCUUUCCAGGAUAUAAAACAAGGAAUACAUGUUUAAAUCCUCUGUUCUGCUUUAUUUUUCUGGCCAGAGAUGCUGUCAGUGUUGAUGAGCCAAAACACAGUCACGUCCUACUGUAUCAAUUUCACUGAGAGCUGUUUACUUUGAAAUCUUGCAAAGGCGCAGACUGAAUUAUCCUUGUCGCCUCACAGAUAUUGGCGAUAAAUCACGAAUGAGUCAACAUCAAAGUGUGUGUGUGUGUGUGUGUGUGUGUGUGUGUGUGUGAGAGAGAGAGAGAGAGCGUGGAUGGGAUGUGUGCAUAUGCUUGAUGUCCUUGGCGGUGGAGUCUAGGACUCUGCAGGUCAGAACAAGUAACUCCUGGAUGAGAGGAGAGGAUGAAAAAAAAAAAAAAACAUUAAAAGGAAUCAGGCGGCCUAAUCUGAGCAGCUCUGCUCUGCUCCGGCACACUCAGCCGCCCGCUGUCUGACAAGAGCGAAACACACUCCGCUCCACCCUCCGCCGUCUCUGCUCUGGAGUACAGGCAAUCGGCUUGAGUUGGCUCCUACAGCCGCCUCUGUUACAAGAGUGGAUCAUUGUCAGAGUUCUUCCAUGAGGAUUUUCUGCCGUCCUCAAACAACCUGCUUCCGUGCGAGGAUGAUUCACUCGAGACGGGCCUCUCGUGAACCCGACCCAGUGGGAGCCAAAGUGUGUGAGAAAGAGAGGACACACUCUCCUAACAUGUGCUUCUCUCUUUGGCCUGUGACUCCUUCUGCCCGAAAAUAAAUACGUAUUAAAAGCCCGGGCCUUCAUUGACAUCACAGUGUAUCACAUCCAGAGGCAAUGUUUGAGCCAGGCCCCGGUUAAGAAUAGUCGUGGUCUGCUGUCUCCAAGGAGAAGGACAAACUGUGCACGGAGACAUGAUGCAUUCCUCAACCAUGACAUCAUGGCGCGUGUCCUUGUCCCAAAGACUGUACCAGAAUAAGAGAAAAUGGGCUGGAUUUUUCUUUUAAAGGACAAAGUGAUGAUUGAGGGUGCAUGACUGUGCUCUGCCAUCAGUGCGAUGUUUUGUAAAGCUAUUUCUGUGUGUCCUAUAUGUUCUUUUUUCAUCUAAACUGCAUAAAUUACAUUACAUGUCA